UGACGUAUGUUUAUUUUGAGUAGGGUAUUAAGUAGUUUUUUCUCGCGUAGGUUAGGAAGCAGUUUCUUCAAGGUUUAUUACGCUUAUUCGAUUAAAUUUUGAUUAACAAGGUGUUUUGCUGAUUGUUCUUUGAUUUUGUUUUUCGUUUGGUGCACACGUGUGCUAAGAAAAAUUGUGGUUUUUGUGUGAUAUUUAGUUGAAGGAAAAUCGGUGGUCUACAAAAUACAAAAGAUGUGCUUAAAAUAUGCUUGAAAACCAGAUUUAGUCGUUAAAUAUUGUUUAGAAGAUUGUUUUAUUAAAAUUAAAAUGGCUUUUCCUUCAGUUAUAAGUUAUUAAUUAGCCACCGUUGAUUAUGGAAUCUGACGAUGUUCUUAAAUAUUAUUUGGAAGAGGUGACGGACACCAGACAUGAAAUUCAUAUAGAAGAAUAUCCAGUACAGAAUGAAGCUGAGCAAGCUGCGGAUUUCUUGCAGACGGUCGGCCUGUCGGAUUUGUCGAAAGUUUACCAGCAAGGCAAGGAAAUAACGGACAAAUUGGUGAACGAUUCGUUAAGACAGAAACAUUUAACUGAAAAACAGGCACAAACUGUGAGAAAUCGGGUCAGGACUUUGAAUAAAACUUUGAAAAGUCGACAGACACGCAGAAAACAGCGCCAGGACAUUAGGGACAUAUCCUGGAAUGUCGAGACAUCUAGUACUGGUACUAGAUCGAGGAGCGCGACCCCGGACUCCUUGGAUUCCGGAGAUUUUCCGGCACACGGUCACAUUUCGUCUGACGAGGAUCAGCAGCUAUCAUCGCUUCCACCGUCAUUUCCCAUUGACCAUUCGAGUUCUGGCUUUAAGACGAAAAUAAAAUGGACAUCGAGCGAGCCGUUGCAAAACAAAAAGUUCAACCGUGCCGAUAAAGGGGACAUCGCCCAUUUGGGAUCCGAUAACGUGGUUUUGAAGCACUAUCAGGCCCUAAAUGAGUUCGGUACGUUGCCUAGGCCGCAGAGGGAGCGCUCGGGCAGCGACCCGACCACGGAGUCGGCGUCUUUGCAGCCGAUAGCGAAAAGUCCGCCGGCGAUAGCCCGACACCAAUCGACGAAUCUGCACAGUCAACUGUCGAGAAGCCAUAACAGCAUCACGGUGCAAAAUAACUGCAGCAAAGUCUACUUGAACAGCAACGACAGCAACGAGGACGAAGCCGUCAGCUUCGAGGGUCUAAUUCGGCAAAACGACAUCGAUCAGCUUCAAGAUUGGCAGCUGGAAGAUGGCGUCAGCAUCGACGAGCUGUCCGACAGCGAGUAUCAGCAUUUGAAGCCCUUACUGUACGUGGAACUAUUCACCAUUUUCGACUCGUACAAAAUCGAUUUUCACAAACGAAAGGCCAGUAUUAAGAAUAAAGGAGGUAACGUGUUCGGCUUGAAGCUCUCCACCUUAGUUAUGCGCGAUCUGCCGACUCCAAACGAAAAUUCAAUGGUGCCAAAAAUUUUUCAAUGCGUGAUAGGGCAGCUGAUGGAAAGAUGUCUGCAAGAGGACGGCAUCUUGCGCGUCGCUGGCCAAAGACAAAAAUUAGAAAUUUUGAGCAACGAGAUUGAAGCCAAGUUUUUUAGCAAUAGAUCUGAUAUUGAGGCUCUAUUAAGCCAAGCCACCGUGCACGACCUAACAGGGGUUUUGAAGAAAUUAUUGAGGGAUCUACCUGAUCCCAUUUUUACAAUGGAGCUGUUCGAUAUGUUCUAUAAAACCAGUGGCAUAUCGAAAAUGGACGAUAAAAUUAGAGCUCUAAAUUUGCUGGUACUGAUGCUACCAGUAGAGCAUAGAAACACAUGUAGACUUCUGAUAGAUCUAUUCGUGAAUAUAAUAAAGCACGAAAAGCAGAAUAGGAUGAAUCUACACAAUGUUGCUAUGAUAACGGCUCCAUCGUUUUUUCCUCCAAGACUUUUACUUCCAAAGGAUUCUAAUAAGGUGCUAAGCAAACAGGUCAACAAAGAAGAGCUGCACCAGCAUAUAAACGGGGCGGCUCUGUGUUGUGGUAUAAUGGAAACAAUGUUGAAAACCGGCCUAAACUUGUGGAUGGUGCCGAAGCAAUUGGCGUGUCAGGCUCGAGAGUCGCAGAAAAGAGCCCAGGACAGAAAAGACAUGAGUAAAGAGAAAGACAACAAAAUUGUACGUUGCUUAUUUGACACGAUUUUUUGUGGGUUUGGUAUGACGCGCAGAGCAUUCUGGUAAGAUUAAAUUGGGCAGAAGCAAUACUCAGUAUGAGCCAGGGUCCAAGGUGACUUCAAGAUUAAAGAGAGACUUCUUUAUAUAAAUUUAUAUUUUUAAAUAUGAUAAUUCAUUCCAAUAUCGUACCUUUCCUUUAGUGCCUAUAGUUUUUACAAAACAUAUUUUUAUUUAAUUUUAUACUUUUUGUGAUUAAUUAAAGUUUACACAGUAAUUUAUAAAAUAUACGUCUGUGCCAAAAUAAACAAAUAUAUUUUAA